CUGCAAUUAGCCUCCAACCCUGGCUUUUUAUCGACAAUCCAAUUCUCUCUCCAGCUUCCGCGUCUGCAAAACUAAAAUACUGCAAUGCGCUGGGCGUCCCAACUCGCCGCCUCAUGCUCUUACGACAGCUCCACCGGCCAUCUUCACGAUCGGUAGCCGCGGCCGCUGCAGUAGCAUGGCAAUGUCAAUGGCAAUGGCAGGCAUCGCAUACCGCGCUGCUGCACAAUAGCACCAGCCGACUCCAACCUCCCCCACCAUCACCACCACCACAACAACAACAAAAUAAUGCCAAAGAUCAAGAUCAAGAUCAGGAACAGGAACAAGACCAAGAUGCUGCGCCCAAGAAACCCAAAAACCGCCCUUCCCUCUUCGAGCAGCUCUUCCCCGACGAAGCCAAAACUCUCCUCAACAAAAAUACCACCCCCAAACCCUCCUGGGCCGAACACCUACUAGACGACCCCCCGCAGCCCCCCUCCCCCUCCCCCUCUCCGUCUCCCUCCGACGAGGAGGGCAACAACGUAAACGACGACAUCGGCAACGACGGAAGAAAAUCCCCGGCCGACGUGCCCCUGCGCGCGAAGAGCAUGCUCAUCCUCUCCGCGGCCAGCAAGCACCUGACGGAGAGCGACUUCCAGCGGCUGGGCCCGCAGGGCGCGCAUGUGGAGGGCUGGGUCGGCGGCCUGUCGCGGGUGAUCCAGGCGCGGGACCCGGACACCCUGCAGGCGCUGGGCCACUACUUCGUGCUGUUCGACCGGGAGGCCGCGGCCGCCGCCUACUGCGACGAGGUCGAGCGGCUGUGGCAGCUGGGCAAGGCGCACGUGCCGGGCGCGCACCACCGCCGGCGGAACAACAACAACAAGAGGGGCCGGGCGAGCAGCAGCAGCAGACGCCACCCGACCUCGUCGCCGUCGCCUGCCUCCGUGCCCCCGCCGCCCGGCCUGCCCGCCGCCGACGGCAGCAGCGAGGACGUGGCCGCGGACCUGCGGGCGUUCACGCUCGUGCCGCCCAGCCAGCGGUACUACCUGGACGUGUCGAGCGGGUUCAGCCGCGUGCGCAUCGAGGAGCUGGACGUCGGCGGCGUCGCGUUCGUCGACCGGCUGGCGGACCGCGCCGGCUCCAAGCACCUGGUGCUCGUGUCCGUGGACGGCGGCCGCAUGUCGGUCGACUGGCUGCGGCGGGCGAUCGAGGAGGACGGGCGGGAGCGGAACCUGCCGUGGGGGGUGACGAGCCUCGAGCGCGGGAUCCUGCCGUUCGGCAAGAGCGUGCUGAAGAAGCAGCUGGACGACAUGGAGCAGCAGCAGCAGCAGCAGCAAGAAGAAGUAGACGGGAGCUUCGAGGGGAGUUUGUUGGAUCAGGCCGAGCGGAUCGCGGGGAAGCCGGAGUGGCUUGAGGGACAAAGUGACGGGGUAGGAGGAGGGGAGAAGGGAAAGGCGAUGAUGGAUGAUGAUGGUGGUGGUUAUGGUGGUAAGACGGCGGCUGGGGGAGAAGGGAAAACGCUUAAGGAAGACGACGAUAGGAAGUAUAGGCGGUAUCCCCGCUUCAUCAUCCCCUUCGUGGAUAACGCCGAAGCUCAUCGUUUCGUCAGGCACUGGCACCGCCGGCACUUCAAGAUACGCAUGAGCAUCGCGGGGGAGAAGCCGAUAUCGUGGGACGAGACGAGGAUACUCAAUACUACGGUACUGUGGUAGUUGAUCAUUAUAUAUUAGGUACCUUAACCUAGCCUAUAGUUAUUCCACCUAAACUAAGCCAGCUAUAUCAUAUUUUAUCGCCCCUAUUACACCCUUCUUCAAAGUACCUAGGUACUCAGAUGUUGUUGAUCGGGUACAUACCAUUCAUUCAUUUUACGCGAUACGAGGUGAGGGGGGGAAAAAAGAAAGAAGGAAAGAAAGAAAGAAAGCGAAUAUGGCAAUGCAGACAGACACCGGUGCAGGCUCUCCGUAAACAUAGGUUAGGUAUAUACUUGAUCAGAGGGAAGAACCGACGAUGACUGAAAAAUGUAUUAGACCCAUAUCAACCAAACUCCGCCAAUAUAGUAUCGCCCUCACUUAAGCCCCUCCCCCCAGGCCUCAUUCUUCCUGUGUGAUU